AUGGAUCAUAAUAAUACAAAGAAUGCUUCGGAAGGAAUAGCACCAAUGGGUAUUACAGCCUUAAAUGAAACAGUGCUAACCAAUCAACCAGAGUCAAGAUAUGAAUGUCCUGUAUGUUUGAAUUGGUUAAGAGACCCUGUGAUCACAACCUGUGGUCACAAAUUUUGUAAAAGCUGCAUCACUUCAUGGUUACAAAACAGUGGUCACUGUCCUAUUGACAAUAUAAAUCUCAGCAUGAAAGUGGAUAUAUUUCCUGAUAACUAUACAAAACGUGAAAUACAGGAGCAAAGGAUGUCCUGCCCAUUUGCGGGUAAAGGAUGUACAGUAAAAGUGACUCCAUUAGACUUAGAUGCACACAUAUCAACUUGUGAAUUCAAUCAGCCAGAGGCCUCUACACACCAUGAUGUUAGGAUACCAUGCUCUUUCAGUGCUGUCGGGUGCAAAGAAACAUUUGAUAACCAGGAGGCUGCUAACACACAUUUACAUAAUGAUAUAUUGAGUCAUAUGAGUCUUCUAAUGAACGCGUAUUCCAAAAUAAAAAUAGACAAUGACAUGUCAAACACAAGCAUAGACGCGAAGGAGCAGGAGGCUCUACUUUGGGAAGCACCAGAUAAGAAUGGGAACGAGGCCAGUACACCGCUUCCUAAUGACACCAGUGCUCUUAUAAGAGCCCUCUAUGAACGGGUGGUAGUACUAGAACAAAGAAAUCGCGAACAGGACAUAGUGAUAGCAAACAUUUCAAAACAACUCUCAGCCUUUGCUGUGGCAAAGAUGAAACAGAACAAUGAUAUGCUCCUCAGAUACUGUAUGGGCAAUUAUAUAUGGAAAGUGGACAAUUUCAAAGCACGAUUAGAAGCAAUGCUCAAGGACCAUAAUAAAAUGUUGUACAGCCCUGGAUUUUACACUUCUCCAAAUGGAUAUAGAUUCUGCGUCCGCCUAAACAUAUCCCCCCUCAACCCGCUCUGUUUCGCCCUCCACGUGCAUUUAAUGAAAACUGAGAACGACGAAUACCUGGACUGGCCUUUCAAUGGCAGAAUAUCCUUUUCCAUGAUCAAUCAAUAUGACUCCGAAUACACUCAAAGGGACACAAUGAUGUCGAACUCCUCUUUGGUAGCAUUCAGAAAACCCACUUCGGAGAUCUGUGUGAGGGGUUUUGGUUACAAUGAGUAUGCCGAAGUCAGCGAUGUGGUGAGGAACGGUUUUGUUAAGAACGACGUGCUUAUUAUCAGUGUUAGAAUCAAAUGUGUAUGA